CGCACGAGCCUGGUUUUUCUUGACUUUUCCGUCCAUUUCAGUUGAUCGUCACUACCACCAUCCUUUUUAACCGGGACAACAUGGCUACCGCAGCGAGCCGUUACUACAGCGAAGACGGCAGGGCAACGAAACGACAGAAAACCGACGGAAUGGCCACGGGAUAUGAGGAUCCACACAAGACCCUUCCUUCUGUGGUGGUCCAUGUCCGGGGGCUGGUGGACGGUGUCACGGAGGCCGACCUUGUGGAGGCCUUGCAGGAAUUUGGAGCGAUCAGCUAUGUGGUGGUGAUGCCCAAAAAGCGCCAGGCCCUGGUGGAGUACGAAGACAUGAACGGAUCGUCCACAGCUGUAACCUAUGCUGCAGACAACCAAGUCUACAUCGCCGGUCACCCAGCCUUCAUCAACUACUCAACUAGCCAGAAGAUCUCCAGGCCAGGAGACUCGGAUGACUCCAGAAGUGUUAACAAUGUUCUCCUGCUCACCAUCAUGAACCCCAUCUACCCCAUCACCACGGAUGUCCUCUACACUAUCUGCAACAACUGUGGGCCUGUCCAGAGAAUCGUCAUCUUCAGGAAGAACGGCGUCCAGGCCAUGGUUGAAUUUGACUCUGUGCAAAGCGCCCAGCGGGCCAAGGCCUCCCUGAACGGUGCCGACAUCUACUCUGGCUGCUGCACGCUGAAGAUCGAGUAUGCAAAGCCCACCCGUCUGAAUGUGUUCAAGAAUGACCAAGACACUUGGGACUACACAAACCCUAACCUAGGAGGACCAGAUGGUGAUGCAGAUGGCAAUGGGAGCAAUGCAGAGGAUGUGAAUGCCAACCCCAACAAGCGUCAGAGACAGCCUGCUCUGCUGGGCGACCACCCUCCAGAGUACGGUGGUGGUUACCAUGGCUACGACGAGAGCUAUGGAUCUCCGCCCUACGAGGGUCGGCGCAUGGGUCCCCCGAUGAGAGGCCGCGGGGGGAGAAGCUACGGGCCCGGCUACGGACCUCCUCCCCCUCCUCCUGGAGAGUACGGCGGCCACGCUGAGUCUCCAGUCGUCAUGUUGUAUGGACUGGACCCAACCAAGAUGAACGCCGACCGUGUCUUCAAUAUCUUCUGUCUCUAUGGAAACGUGGAGCGGGUGAAGUUCAUGAAGAGUAAGCCCGGUGCCGCCAUGGUGGAGAUGGGAGACUGCUACGCUGUGGAUCGCGCCAUCAGUCACCUCAACAACAACUUCCUCUUCGGACAGAGAAUGAACGUGUGCGUGUCCAAGCAGCAAGCCAUCGUUCCCGGUCAGUGUUACGAGCUGGAGGACGGCACAAGUAGUUUCAAAGACUUCCACGGCUCCAGGAACAACCGGUUCACCUCCCCAGAACAGGCGGCCAAGAACCGCAUCCAGCACCCGAGCAACGUGUUGCACUUCUUCAACGCCCAGCCCGACGUCACGCCAGAGGUUUUCUCUCAGAUUUGUGAAGAGAUCGGUAUCAAGUGUCCCGUCAACGUCAAAAUGUUCACAGGAAAGAGUGGCGCAGCUCCCAGUGACCGCAGCGCUUCAGGUCUGUUAGAGUGGGAGUCCAUCAAUGAUGCCAUGGAGGCUCUGGCCAUGAUGAACCACUACCAGAUGAAAAACGCAGGUAACAUGUCUGAGGUUGUUCCCCUAAGCGUCUCUGGUGCUGAGCAGGGUUUCAGACAGAAAAAAGCUGGUCCGUACCCGUACACCCUCAAACUGUGCUUCUCCACCGUUCAGCACGCCAACUGAAAGCAGCCUCGUAGCCAAGAAGAGGAAGAUGGUCCACCAUUCCCAUGUUCACUUGUACUCUGACCAUGGCGGCUUGUAACACACCUGGGGGGGAAUUAUAUCCACAAACACCUGAAAUACUGUGAAAUAAUGUCACAUUAAGAUCGCAGUGCAAACUCCUCAUAUUUGGUAUAUUAAUCAGGUUUAAAGGAAUUCAAAGUUUUGAUAUUCAUGCCCCAGAUGUGGUUUAUAGAGUAUCAGUACGUGUGUCUUCAGUAUAAGUUGUCCUUUUUACUUUUUGUAUUAUGCUUCUACAGUAACCUGACAUGUGAGAACGCAUAUUUGACAGAAUUGGUUUUAUGCUCAGGUGGUUCAGCAGCCGUGAACAACAUGGUUUUGUAAAAGAUUUGUCUUUUGGAACUUUUUAUUAUUAUAGCUCACUUUUUGUUUUUUUGUGUUAUUUUAAUUGCUACUUAUUCAGUUCUGUGUCUCCAUGUCUGAUGUGCAGAUGGAGAGUUGUUUUGUUCUAAGAAAAUAAAAAAAAAAUCAAUUUAA